CUUGGAAUCCACUCUACUCUCUCUCUUCUUCUUCUCUUUUUCUGUACCGCCCAAAACCAAAAAUUAUAUGUUAUUUUGACACUCUUUCUCUCCUAGAUCGACAGAGAAAAGAGAUAGAGAUCGAAGAUGAGUCGAGAAACCAUCGCCGUUCUUCUUUUGGGAGGAGAGAAGCAGAAGAAGAGACAGAGCAGACUCCUAAAGGUUGCUCUUUUACUGGUUCUGGUUCUCGUCGGAAUUUCAGGUUUUAGCUUUAGUGACAACAACAUUAGGAUUUUGUUGUCAAGACAAGCGAUUGAUGAUCAUAGGCUUAGUCAUGAAACCGUUAGUGACGUGGUUGAAUCGGAGAAUGGUAUUGUGGCCGCUGACGACGGUCGUUGCUCUGAGAUUGGUGCCUCUGUUCUUAGAAGAGGUGGCCACGCCGUUGACGCAGCCGUUGCUACUAGUUUAUGUGUGGGUGUUGUUAAUCCCAUGUCGAGUGGAAUUGGUGGUGGAGCUUUCUUGAUCGUUAGCUCGCAGAUAGAUUCCAAGGCUGAGGCUUUUGACAUGAGAGAAACUGCUCCUUUAGCUGCUUCUAAGGAUAUGUAUAAGAACGAUUUGAGUGCGAAGUCCGUUGGCGCUUUAUCUAUGGGAGUUCCAGGAGAGAUAGCUGGACUUUACGAGGCUUGGAAACGGUAUGGCCGUCUCCCCUGGAAACCCCUUUUCGAGCCGGCUAUCGAGUUGGCCAGAGGCGGUUUCGUGGUGCGUCCAUAUCUAGGACGGGCUAUAGCGAGCCAAGCUUCUAACAUACUUAAAGAUCCGGGUUUGCGGAGUGUCUACUCAAGAAAUGGACAGGUUUUGAAACCCGGUGAUACUUGCUAUAACCCGGAACUAGCUUGGAGUCUUGAGACUAUUUCCGAGCAAGGACCGGGAGCGUUUUACAACGGGAUAGUAGGCGAGAAGCUUGUUAACGAUGUGCAAAAGGCUGGUGGGAUCAUAACAAUGGAUGAUCUAAGAAGUUAUAAAGUCCGAGUUACUGAUGCAAUGUCUGUUGAUGUCAUUGGUUAUACGGUUCAUGGAAUGCCGCCUCCUUCAGGCGGUACAGUCGGUUUUUCGAUGGUUAUGAAUAUCCUGGAUAGUUACUCGAGCCUUUACACUGCUUCAGGAAGAGAUCUUGGGCUGCACCGAUUGAUAGAAGCAACAAAACAUAUGUUUGCAGCUCGGAUGGAUCUUGGAGACCCUGACUUCGUUAACAUAACAAACGCUAUGAACCAAAUGCUCUCCAAGACUCACGCGGAAGAAAUCCGAAAGAGGAUUUUCGACAACACAACAUUCCCACCCGAGUACUAUUUGAACAGGUGGAGCCAACUCAGGGACCAGGGGACGAGUCAUUUCAGCAUUGUGGAUGCAGACCGAAACACCGUGUCAAUGACCACAACCGUAAAUUACUCUUUCGGUGCCAAGGUUUUAUCACCUGCCACAGGAAUUGUACUUAACAACGAGAUGGAUGAUUUCUCGGUACCUUCAGAAAUCACUUCUGACAUGCUUCCUCCUGCACCUACAAAUUUCAUUGAACCAAACAAAAGACCUUUAUCUUCCAUGACUCCUCUCGUAGUCACCAAGGAUGGUGAGUUGGUGGCGGCGCUUGGAGGAGCUGGCGGAAUGAAUAUAAUUCCGGCGGUGCUCCAAGUGUUCCUUAAUUGCUUUGUGUUGAAUAUGAAACCAUUAGAAGCGGUAGAGACUGCAAGAGUUUACCAUAGGUUGAUACCGAAUGUAGUUCAAUUUGAGAACUUCACGGCGAUCAAUGGCGAUUACAUAGGGCUUACAGAAGAUACAAAGAUGUUUUUAGCAGAGAGGGGACAUGAAGUCAAUGCAGUCUCAGGUAAAGCUAUUGUUCAACUUAUUGUUCAAAGUUUCAAGGAAGACGAAGAAGAAAUGUUUAUUGAAAUUGGAAGGAAGAUUGGAAAGAAAUCGAAACAAGUCAAGGGCUUACUCACUGCAGUUAGUGAUCCUCGAAAAGAUGGGAAACCAGCUGCAGUUUGAUUCAAUUGUAAUAUCAGUCAUUAAGUUUGCAGAACUAAGGUUUCCUCAUUUCCUAUCAUGUAAAGUUGAUUAAAGAUGUAUAAAAUUCAAAACAAUUUGGUGGGAAAAAUCUAGGCGGUAUCAUUACCAUA